AUGAACGCCCGCCUUCGCAAGGCUCAAGCCUUCAUCGCAUUUGAGGAAGGAGAGGCUGCUGCCAUGAAAGCCUCGCGAGGCAAUGACGCCGCUCGCAGUUCAAACUAUGAGCACUCAGGUUCGAUGCGCGGGCACGAAAAAAGGAAAGACGACAGGUCUCUCGACAUCAAGGAACGCCGGGGACCCUCUGGUCGCUUCAACGACUACACCCCUCUGAACGCCUCACGGGAGAGGAUUCUGGCCGAAUGCCAAAACACUGACUUCAAGAAGUCGAACAUCAGGCCCCCGAAAUCAAACCCCGCGAGGCCAGGAACCGACAAGUCCAAGUAUUGCAAGUACCAUAAGAGUCAUGGACACCUGACCGAGGAAUGCAUUCACCUCAAGGAUGCCAUUGAAACACUGAUCAAGGAGGGUCGCCUUUCGAGAUACACAAAGAAAGGAGAAUCCUCCCGGAGGGACUACCAAAGAAACUCUGACGAAGGGAACUCACCGGAUAACAGACCCUUGCAAGUAGCCCUGUCCGUCACCCGACCAGAAGAUUUCAUACCAUCGGUCGGGGUAUCUGCCACACUCAGCAAAUGGGAAGGAUUCCCAUUCUCCAUGGUCGUCUCCAACGGAGGAGACCCGGGCUCCCUCACCAUCAGUUCGGUGAAGAGAAAGUUCGAUGAGCUGCUUAGCGCCAACACAGACCUCGGCCCUACACUGCGAAAGUUCCGAGGACAAUCUGAACCGAUCACCUUCUACCUGGAAGAACUUCCUGGCGGAGCUCCAAACGCCACAACUCCCCUGCUCGUCCGAGCAAGAAUGGCGAAUUUCGACGUCCGGCGAGUCCUGGUCGAUGAAGGCAGCUCGGUCGAUAUUAUGUACUCCCAUCUCUUACGAACACUCCAGCUGGAUGACUCGCACCUCACUCCCUCUGUGGGUUCAGACCUCCAAGGUUUCAACGGAGCUACCACUAAACCAUGA